AUGCUGGUGUACUCUAAUCUGUACGCUCAUGUGCUAGGGCCCGCCCAGCUGACCAGUCGGGUGCUGUUCUGGCAGCCGGUCCACUUCCGGAAGGUCAACGGCAUGAUGGGCCCAGGGCGAUGGAACAGGCAUAUGAUGAAGACCUGGUUGGACCAGGCGGGCCGGAAGAAGCGGCGCGCCCUGAACCGCAAGACGAGGGCCGCCAAGCUGUCCCCGCGCCCGGCCGCUGGGCUGCUGCGGCCAGUGGUGCACCCUCCCACCCAGCGGUACAACAUGAAGCUCAGGUUGGGCAAGGGCUUCACCUUGGACGAGCUGCGUGAGGCUAAAAUCCCGGUCAAGAAGGCUAUGACCAUCGGCAUCGCGGUGGACCACCGCCGGCGCAACCGCUGCACCGAGAGCCUCCAGGUCAAUGUGGACCGGCUGAAGCUGUACAUGUCCAAGCUGCUGGUCUUCCCCCGCAAGUCCGGCAAGAAGGGCGUCAAGAAGGGCGACACCCCGAAGUCGGAGCUCCAGAACGUCGCGCAGAACACGCUUAAGGAGAUCAUCCCCGUGCCCAGGCCCGACAGCGCCGUCGAGGCCAGAGCGAUCACCGCGGCCGAGAAGGAGAAGUCCGCCUACAAG